AUGUAUCUUGCCUUUCCGCAUAGUACCGUUGCUGCCAUCUUGCCAAUCUUCGACAACAUCCUCCAUCAUGUAGCAAUCACAUGGACAAACGUUGAUGGUAUUCUGGAAUUGCUUAUCGAUGGAAUGUUUAUGGGCAGUUGGAAAGACGUUGGAAAAGAAGGCAUUGUGCAGGGUUCGACUGAUUUUAUCGCUGGUGGUAAUAAAAAUAAAAUGACAAAUUUCCUUGGAACACUGUUUGAAGUAAAUUUGUGGGAUCAUGUUCUGCCAGUAGAUCUUUUGUAUCUCAUGGCUCGUUAUAAAGGAAAUGAUCGCGGCAAUGUUGUGAAUUGGAAAGGCUUUAGACCAAGUGAAGUAAAGUAUUUGGAAAAGUCUUCGCAAAACCUUGCUCAUCAAGGUAGGAAGACUAUGACAAUUCUAAUUAAUAGAUCGGAUGCGCGACCAUUGGCUCUGAAUUACGAUUGACAGUAACUCUAAAUUUGAAGAGAAGGAAUUUUUUUAAUUCAUUUACAGAAAACUAUACAAAGUAUAAUCUAACGACAAGACAAAAUCUAAGUUUUUUCAUCGGUGUUGCAUCACUGUCGCGCUAAUAUCUUGUAGAAUUACUAAAUGAUAGGUCAUUCUCGAUCGUGUUUCAUUUUUUCUUCAAACUAAAUGAAGUGUCGUCAAUCAUGUUUUAAAACAACAAGUAUUUAGUCGUCACUGAUCUCGAAAUCGCCCAAAAUAAUCAUGUCUCAAGCAAACUUAGAAAAAGUACGAGAGGUGAUUAUUAUUAAAAUAGUAUAGAAAAAGAUUAUUGAACUCCAUUUAUUUAUAUUAUAAAACUGUAGAAAUGUUUUCGGAUAUACUAAUUGAGUAUCGAGUUUGUCUUGCUCUUUUGUGUUUUUUACUUUUGUUUUGGGUUUCACAACAACCUAGAAUCUGUACUUUAAAACCACGAUUUCUGUAUAUAUUCUGUAUUGUGAAAAUUUUAUCACCUUUACAAUUUAUUUUCCAUUCUAAUCUAGAUAUAAAAUUUUUUGCAAGCUUUGUUAAAAAACAAUUCACACUCCCCUCAACGCCGGGAAAUUUUCUGCCAGAGGACUCUGAGGCGUGUUAAAAUUCCCUUUAAUUUAAAUUCGCCAUUUUGUGGGCGCAAAAUCUUGACUGCGUAUUGUAUGUCUAUUAGUUCUAUUGGAUACCCUCAUGAAAUUAUCUAGCGUCGGUCGAAAAUAGAAAUUUAUGAAACAUAGACCUACAUUGAGUCACUGUAUUUUCUACAUCUACAUUUUAUGUACAUCUUCUGCUUGCCUUGCCCUGUUUUAUACGAUUUCCUGCAAUCUCUAUCCUCUAAUUCUUUGUCAUUUAAUAAAAACUGUUUGGCUGCUUGUUGCAUUAGAUAUUUUUAUAAUGUUUUAUUAAUGUUUUGCCUCAGAUGCUACUCAUUCUGGUCCUGGCAUUCGGUAUAUUUUGUAAAAUCAGUGGGGUGACUGCCGACCAGCCAUGAAACAUAGCAAUGCGCCCGCGAUUAUUGAUGAUUUUUUUAAUCCUCUUGCUUUCCCAUUUUCGCUGAUGCAUCUAAAUAACGGAUCGGAAUUAGUAUACACUCGGCCCUGGGUAUCAGUGUCGAUAAAUAAAAGGGCACAUACCUGCCCGUAUGCUUUUUCAUCAACUUUUAGUCGUAUUUUUUGCACUGGACAACUUGUAGGAGUACCAACUUCAUAAAAUGACAGGCUAACAUGAUUACACUUAUUGAUAAAUUUGUUACCAGCCCAUUGCGAACAGAUUUUUUAAAGGCAAAUUAACCAUUUCGCGUUUUAACUAGAAUAUCGAUAUGGAGGUGGUACAGUAUUUUAAUUUUUUUUUAAAUUUUACUUAUUAGUUGGAGAUAAACAAGUUGAGAUGGUAUUCAAUUCAACUGAUCCAGGAAAUUACGCAAUACAAGAAGGGAAGGUUUUAGACAAAAUCGAUGAACUCACUAUCAUAAUGUGGUUUCAAAUUGAGUCAUUUCCAGCGGUGCUGAUGAGUCAUGGCCCUAAAGAUCACGCAAAUGUAAUAUUGGUCAGAGUUACAAGCUCGGGACUUCUUGGAUUUUCCUUUCCUGAAGAUUAUAAAACGUAGGUAAACCAAUUAUACCCCUUCAGAAUUUAAUGAGCAGUCUAGAGGAAUGUGCUAAAACGUAACACUUUUUUGAAAUGCUCUCAAAAUCAUGAGAUAAUCCCAAUGUUUGUAGAAUACGAUGUAUAUCUAUUAUUAAUAACAGCAUGCAUUCACAAUGGGACCAUAAAAUUUGUUGUAAUGGCCGCAAACAGUGGAGUCCACAAAACAAUUUCGAGGGGCGGUCGAAGCAGAUGUCUGCCGAUUGUGACAGCUCGAAUGUAUCAACAAGUAUGAAUGUAUAGACCCUUUGAAUGUGUGGAAUUGGAAUAAAUAGAAAAUGAACGUGCAGAGGUUUUGUUAAAAACGCCUGUUUGCUAGUGUGUAUCUUAAACUUUUUCAAACACAGCUGGCUGUACUACUAUCGGACUACCUCACUGAUCAACUCCCCUUAGAUUUUGAAAUACAUUUCUGAAUAGAAAAGCUUGUGAAUAUUCCCCCAUACAGUUUUGGAAUGGUUUAGUAUUGUAUUUAGACCACAUUUAGUGUACAUUCUCUAUUUGGCUUCGUGGGAGAAUAAGUUUCGCGGGGCGCAAGAAAGGCGGAAUAUACAAUAUUGGACUGUCUGUUCCAGUGUAGGUAUUGUAGAGCCAAAAAUACUAACAAGCUUUCGUUGGUAGGGAUAUAAAUGCCCAGAAAAUAUAAGGAGAAUUUCAUAUAAUCCUCGAAAGAACAGUAUUAAUUAACUAGCUUUCGUUGGUAGUGAUGCAACUAUACCUGAAAAUAUAAGGAGAAUUUCAUAUAAUCCUCGAAAGAACAGCAUUAAUUAACUAGCUUUCGUUGGUAGUGAUGCAACUAUACCUGAAAAAUAUAAGGAAAAUUUUAUAUAAUCCUCGAAAGAACAAUAUUAAUUAACUAGCUUUCGUUGGUAGUGAUGCAACUAUACCUGAAAAAUAUAAGGAGAAUUUCAUAUAAUCCUCGAAAGAACAAUAUUAAUUAACUAGCUUUCGUUGGUAGUGAUGCAACUAUACCUGAAAAAUAUAAGGAGAAUUUCAUAUAAUCCUCGAAAGAACAAUAUUAAUUAACUAGCUUUCGUUGGUAGUGAUGCAACUAUACCUGAAAAAUAUAAGGAGAAUUUCAUAUAAUCCUCGAAAGAACAGCAUUAAUUAACUAGCUUUCGUUGGUAGUGAUGCAACUAUACCUGAAAAAUAUAAGGAAAAUUUUAUAUAAUCCUCGAAAGAACAAUAUUAAUUAACUAGCUUUCGUUGGUAGUGAUGCAACUAUACCUGAAAAAUAUAAGGAGAAUUUCAUAUAAUCCUCGAAAGAACAAUAUUAAUUAACUAGCUUUCGUUGGUAGUGAUGCAACUAUACCUGAAAAAUAUAAGGAGAAUUUCAUAUAAUCCUGGAAAGAACAAUAUUAAUUAACUAGCUUUCGUUGGUAGUGAUGCAACUAUACCUGAAAAAUAUAAGGAGAAUUUCAUAUAAUCCUCGAAAGAACAAUAUUAAUUAACUAGCUUUCGUUGGUAGUGAUGCAACUAUACCUGAAAAAUAUAAGGAGAAUUUCAUAUAAUCGCGUCAAGAACAAUAUCGCUCCACGAUUUUAUCAAAUGUGACAUUGUACGAUACAAUUAAGUAACUCUAUUUGAGCGCCAUACAUUAAGUUUUGGAAGGAAAAUAGGAGCCUUCGUCACUAAACGGACUUCAUAGUCACGUAUGCCUUAAAUUCACUAAAUUGCUAUUUUCAUUUCAGUGUGGCAACACUCGAUAGCCGUCACUUUGGCACGUGGCAUUUUCUUGGAAUCUCCUGGAAAAAGGACGGCGGAGAAAUUUAUAUCAAUUUUGAUUUUAAUGAAAUAAUUAAACAAAACUUUCAUGGAGGUAAGCGACAAAUCUUACACAUAAUUUAUUGAGUCAGAAACUACCUUUUCACCUAUACAAAAUUCACAUAUCCCACGUAAAUGUAAUUGGGUUCCUUAAGCUUCCACUCUGUCAACUAAAUGUUAAGCUUUUUAUGGUAAAUUACAUGGAUACAGUGCCAUUUAUGUUUUCGGCAUUGCGACAACAAGGAAGUUGGAGAAAAAGGCAUUAAAGUUUGCUUUGUCGAUGUAAAUUAACUUUGCAAUAACAUGAGUAUAGGCUUCCUCUACUGCUAUGUCCAAGAUUGUCUGAAAAGUACUUAAUUUUACUUAUAAUUUAAAGUUUAAUACUUUAAAGUGCUCUUUCAUAGUGAUGUCAUACAAACCAGAAUUUAAUUACUUUUAGAAUGAGAGAACGGGUCGCGAGGGUUUCUAUUCUUUUAAUAAUAUUAGUAGAUGAUAUCGAUAAGAUCGAUUUGAAAUUCCCCUAACAUGUAAGCACACGCUUUUACUUGUCGCUUAGCAACAAGCUUGAAUUCGAAGGUAGGCGAAGGACCAAAAACAAUAAAAAAUAGGCUUAGUUAUUGAACUUACAAAGUGGAAACAUUUUUCAUGAUGUCAAAUUACCCACUCUGAUAACGACACUAAUUUGUUCGUUUUUCUGCAUUGUACAACGCCAAAUUUGGUCCAAAAACCGUAGCAUAUAAGCUGCUGAAAUUUGCUUAGUUUUGGUAGCCUUCCUCUAAAAUCUCCUUGUUUCUUGCUGUCUCGAUCUUAUUUGUAAAAAUUAUCUUUACCUUUCUGUCCCAUCAAUUGUUUCUUGUUGGCUGUAUUUGCGGCACUUUUUUGAUGUAUUCUUUCCUGCUCUCCAAUGUAUUGAAGAUUUAACACUGCGCAUGUAGAAUACAGCCACAUCUCGCUUUCCAGCAACUACAGUCCGUUAACAUUUUUCUAAUACAAUCUAUUUCAAGUGGACAGUUAAAAUAUAAAUGAAUUCGAACGAAAAUACUUCAUAUUCUUUAACAGAGGCCGUUCUCAGACAUAGAAACAUCGAGAAAGUCUACCGAAUACGACAGCAAAAAUAGUCCCAAAACUAUCAGUUACAUUCAGUAGUGUCAAGUUUGUUUGCCAAGAUCGGCUAUUUUGCGAGCUGCAAGUUGCGAGCUGGCCGUCGGAUAUAGAAAUCAAUUCGGAAUUACUUCGAAAUUCUUGGGAUCCCGAAUUUCGAAAUGGUGUCUCGCUACUCCGCUUUGAAUGUGGCUUUGAAAGUAUAUACGACAUGGACGGCGAAGCAGAAGGGGUUUUUGUUUAAUUGAUGAUAUUAAUGACCUUUAAUUAAAGUUAAGUUCCCUGUAAUUAAAUUCGUUUCAACAAAUUAAGGCCGUUGUUUUCCACUUAAGUCGCAUCGUACCGAAGCGUAGCGUAUUUCUUUGUUUCCUGAGCACUAGGGUGGAACGAAUGACUUCGACACAAAGGAAUAUGCUACGAUACGUUACGUUACGAUACAGUUGGUUAAAGCCAGUUUUCCUCUUCAACCGUAUCGUAACGUACCGUAGCAUUUUAUUUUGUGUCAAAGUCAUUAGUUCCACUCUAGUGGUCAGGAAACAAAGAUAUACGCUACGCUUCGCUACGAUACGAUUGAAGUGGAAAACUGGAUUUAGUGGAAAUCGACAUUUAUUGUUGUUCAUACUUCGUUAGAUCCACCGGCAUGUUCUAGUGUAAGUUUAUAUUUGCCGUUUCUCAGGGUUUCUAGUCUAUGUUUAAAUUAAUUAAAUCAAGUAGUUAUCCAAAGCAUUUUGUGCUUUCUAUUAUUAAACUUUAACUAUUAUGGUUUGUAAAAUUGAAUAUUCUGAACGCUCGGACUCAACAUUCAAGUCCUUUUCAUCGGUGGAACAACUGAAAUUAAAAUAAUUCCAUUUAUCAGCAUAAAUAAACCAAAUAUUCCUUCAAAAGCUGAAAAUUGGUCCGAUAUUGAGACAAAGCUAAAAACCAAUGCCCCAGGAUGCCAGAUAGUUUUCAAUUUGAUUUUUUUAGUGUAAACCAUACGUGCAUGUGUAAACACCCGGGUCGGUUGUUCAAAGCUAGGUUAGUGUUAACCCUGGGUAAAAAAUAAACUCGAUAUUAUUGGAAAUUAACAAUAAAUUAUACUCGCAACUUGCAACUCGCAUUUUAGAAAAUCUCAAAAUAAUAGGGAAUUAAAAUCCUCCAGGUGUGAACAUUUUCCAGUACCAGAUAUUAAAUAAUAAUUUUAUUAAUCUUUGCCAUUUUGUUACUGCAGAAAUUGUUAACUUCAUAUGGGGAAUGUUUUUGCACUUCAUAUGUGAAACUGUUCUAAUUAAUUUCGUCUAUAACAUAUUAGUAUUUUUACCAAGUGAAUAUAUUAACAAAUCCUACAACCUGAUUGGUCAAAUCAAGGCCGGCGAGAGGCAACCACGGGCCCCGGAACAAAUUUGUCAACAUGCCGCACCCCUUGUUCCUUCUGAUUCUCACGCCGAUGGUCACACCAAAGUCUAUUUUUUUAUCACAAUCAACGAAGGAAUCGCCUACGAAUUACUUGCAAGGAAUCGCCGGAGAAUUUCGGUGCCGAUGGUGCGUAUGGCGUGCAUGAAUGUUAACGUACCAGCAGAUGGACGUAAUAAAUUUGUACAAUGCAGGUAAAUACCUCAUUUCAUCUCAUAACUGAUAAAGACGAGAUGUAACCGAUGUUUAGCUAACUGUUUCUUCGGGAAAAACGAUCGAAAAAUGGUUUAAAUUAUUUCACAUUCGGUACGUUUAAAGCAGGCGUAUUUCAUUUAGUAAAAACAUAAAGCGAUGGUAACCGAUAGGAACAUUUUACCGAGCAUUCCGGGCCCCUCUCAGCACUCUGGGCCCCAGGCGUUUUGCCCUCCCCCCCCCUGCACUACCCCCCUCUCGCCGGCCUUGGGUCAAAUGCAUGACGUAUUAUUUAAGCUGUUAUAUUCACCUACAGGUGAAUAUAACAAAACCCGAAAUUUACAAAAUGGUUGCUAGCCCUUUUGUGGAAGUUAUUGAUAAAGAAAUAAGCGAAAUUAAAAUAAAAUCAGUAAAAAAACUCCACAAAAACUUCUGUAAAAUACAAAGACAAUUAUUCGGCUCAUGUUCGGUGAUGAUCGGGGAACAUUCACCUCGACUUCGUCUCGGUGACUAUUCCCCGACAACUACCUCGCUUUCGGCGAAUAAUUGUUAAAUAUAUUAUAUAACGUUUUGAAAAAUGAGUGAUAACUUUUAUUUCAAACACUUUCAGGUAAGUCGAUAACCAGUAUGUAUCCAUAUUGGUUUAUGAGUAGUCCUACUACAGGACUGAAUGGUAAGAUUGCUCGACUUCAUGUGUUGGAUAAAGCAGUAGAUGACCACGUUAUCAAGCAAAUGGCGAGAACAGGCGGAACGAACUUCUUUCAAUCGUUUGCACACUUUCCAAAAGCUUCUGAUUAUACUCCUGUUGGCAAUGUCGUGGAGCAAGAGGGAUCACUGAUUAGUGCUGUCAGUAAGUUCGUCUUAAUUUAUUGUUAGUUAAAUUACCAGCGAAUCUCUAUUAAAAUAUGUCUACCACAGGACUACUGUCAAACACUGUCACCUCCCUAAUACAGACACCUCUCUAAUACAGACAUCUCGCCAAUUCGCCUAACUAUUUUACAUUCAUCAAUAGCUCUCAAAUUACGGACCUAUUAUUAUACACACAUAUAAAAAACGUUCACCUCUUUAAAUUUUAUGUGGACAUUUCUCCAGUGUAGAGACCACCCCAAAUUAUAGAUCUUCCUUCUCGAAUGCAGACAACACAACAAUACGGAUACGUCUAGGAACACGUAUAGCAUUUCCCUUUCUUGCCGACACGACUCCCUCCCGAAGACACCUUUCUAGUACAGGCAGGAACUUUUUUAAGGAUUUUCCCGUGGGGGGGGGGGAUUUUUUGAAAAGGGACUUUUCUGUGAUAUAAUAUAUUAGAGGGGGAUAGCAAUGGCUGAAGGCUACGUGUGUCGCCAAUAUACCACUCAUGAAUGGAGUGUGGUCUGGGGGAGUAUUCCCCCAGAAAAUUUUUGAAAUUUGAAUCCCGGAAAUGUCAUUUCCUGCAUUCUGAGCGUCCAAAUUUGCUCCAAAAUUUAUGCUAAUUGUACUUGUAUUUGAAAUAAAUAAAGGAAAAAACGCACAAAAAGUUAAAAAAAAUUAACCAUCAUUUAUCAUUACUUAUUAGAGGGAUAAUCCCCGGAAAAUUUUCGAAAUUUGAAUCCCGGAAAUGUCAUUUCUUGCAUUCCGAGCAUCCAAAUUUGCUCCAAAAUUUAUGCUAACUAUACUUGUAUUUGAAAUAAACAAAGGAAAAAACGCACAAAAAAAACCCCGGAAAUGCUAUUUCCUGCAUUCUGAGCAUCCAAAAAAUAAAAAAAUUAUUAACAAUAAUUUAUCAUUACUUAGUGGUAGAAAAAAGUAACAAUUUAAAUCGAUUUUGUUAAACAAGGACAAAGGAUAAAGCCUAAACCUUACUUUCCGUUUAUGUAUUUGUUAAUCUUCGCUGGUUUCUUUCUAUAAUUUAGGGAAAAGGGACUUUUCCUGUGGGGGGGGGGGCAAAAUCUGAUUUCGUUGGGGGGCACAAGGUGGCCCCCCCCCCCCCCAGCUUGUAUGUUAAAAAGGCCCUGAGUACAGGCACUUUUCAGUAUGGAGUAUCUGUAAUACUAUAAUUCAAACUUUACCUGAAAUGGAGAGACCUUUAACGCCUCGCCUCUAAUACGGGCACCUCUUCAGUAGCUACAACAGGAGAUCGAAUACAAACAAUGGAUUUGCACGUACUAUGUCUCAAACGCAUAGUUUGAUUGAUGGUUAUUAAGGCGCAUUUCAGCCCUUUUACUUGAAGAAACAAACUAGGAAAAUCAAUUAAGUACUAGAUAAAUCAUGAGCAGCCGAUCUUUAUCUGAUAUACAAACCUGAGCCGAAGGCGAGAGUUUAUAUAUCAGAUACAGAUCGGAAGCGAAUAUUUUAUCAUACUUAAAAAAUGAUCCAUCUUAUGAGUUCAUUGGCGAAGUAAUUUUAAAAAUAAACAUUUUCUCAGCCGAGAAAAUCAAAGCUGAAAUUUAUGUAAAUCAGGACAAAUCUGUAUCCGAUUUACAGACAUUGAUUAAACAUUCAUUUCUUUUGUAUUUUCCUCGUGAAUUAUUAAUGAAUUUUUUAAGCAUAAAUCAAGAUCAGCAAACUUAAUGUUUUUAACAUUUAAAAAAAUACAUUAAGUUUUUUGAUCUUGAAUUAUGCUUAAUUAAUUUUCCAAGUUAGUCUUUUUUCCAAAUAAAAGGACUGAAAUGCACCUUAAUUACCAUGAUUCAAAAGGCUGAACUGUGCCUUUAACAACAUACAGUGUAUUUCUAGUGGUUUAAAACGAAAAAGUUUCACUUCUGAAUAUUUUCUUUUUGUUGUGUAAGCCUCUUUCCGAUUAUUAUAUAUAUAUAUAUAUAUAUAUAUAUAUAUAUAUAUAUAUAUAUAUAUAUAUAUAUAUAUAUAUAUAUAUAUAUAUAUAUAUAUAUAUAUAUAUAUAUAUAUAUAUAUACUAUAUACUAUAUAUACUAUAUACUAUAUAUAUACUAUAUACUAUAUAUAUACAAAAUAUAUACUAUAUAUAUACUAUAUAUAUAUGUAUAUAUAUGUAUAUAUAUGUAUAUGUAUAUGUAUAUAUAUGUAUAUAUAUAUAUAUAUAUAUAUAUAUAUAUAUAUAUAUAUAUAUAUAUAUAUAUAUAUAUAUAUAUAUACAGUAUAUAUAUGCGCUAAAUUACUGUCAGUUCAUAUCAGAAAGUUUCAUUACCAAACGCUUGUUAUAGUUCUUUGGCGUAAAUCGUUAUUCUUUUAAGGCCUGUGUCAACUACAGAACCCAUAUUCGACUACACAAUUUAGGAAAUUAAGUCAUAGUGUGUCAGAUAUAGGAUAGUUUAAUCACAUCUCUAUUCGUGUGUCAGAUAUAGGAUAGUUUAAGUCGCAUAUAAGUUGAAAAUUUACAAAUGAAAAUAAACACGAAAGUACUUAUUACCAGCGUUCAAAAUACAGCAAACUGUGUGUUUGUUUCCUUAUGUUUUGCCGGUGAAUUUUUGGAGAGUUUCUUUAAUUUUCGUCAGGAGAUAAAAUGUCCAAAUGUUAUGUUUCGAAUUUCGGUAUAUCUCAGCGAAUGUUCACCUCCUUGUGGCAUAUAAUAAAGUCUUGCUUUCGACGUAAACAAAUUAAAUUGACAAAAGUGUUAAUAAAAGUCUUAUAAUUCUUCAUAACAGCAUGGAACUCCAUUUGGAUAGAGAUUAUUACGCAAUUUCGAAUGCACUGUCAGCGUUUCGAUGGAUUAUAAGCAAGCGAAGUAAUAUGGCAACAAAGAGGUCGAUACACUUCAUGAUCAACUUCCGGUAUAUAGUCAUUAUUAUACAAUUGAAACAACCAUAAUGUAAAUUGUUUACAUUACAUGGUGAGCUAAAAGUUAAUGUGUGGCUUUGACGAAAAAGGGUUUUAAGCAAGCGACGUUUUUUACCUGAAAUCGCGAAUCGUUCUUGAUUUCAAGCAGGAGAUUUUGACAACACAUCUUGACUUCCGGCUAACGUACGUGUGUUGACAAAUACGUUGCUGGCUAAAUUUCUUAAGGCGGAGUCACACGAGCAACAAAAUUGCUGCAAUUUGCAACAAAAUCUGAUUUCAACGCAUAUUAAGUAGAAAUGUUUACACAUAAAUUACAAAUCACAAGGCAACAUGUGACGACAUUUCUACUUGUUGAAAUCAGAUUUUGCAGCAAUUUUGUUGCUCGUGCAGUAACUCCAGCUUUAACAUGGAUAUAUUUUAUGCCUCUAUUACUCUAUACCCAACGGUCAUUCCGCUCGUUGCAUUUGCCGCAAGUAGGAGCGUUUAAUUUCCGACUAACCACUUUACAGCGGAACGCAAAAUUAAAAAAUCGUAGCUGAUUUUAUUCAAGAUUAUUAUAUUUCAGUGUCAUUUGAAAACAGAAUUGAAAAUGUUAUCUAUCUCUAUUUAAAAAGCUUAUGCUGUUCAGAUGAAAAGAGAUGAAUAUUGCAGAAGUAUAAUAACUAACGCAGGAUGUAUAUUGUAUGCAAGACUUGGUCCAGGAUCAGUUUACAAUUCUGCAUGGAAUAUAAUUGUCAAGAAAGGAAUCAUGAUGGGCUGUUAUUGUGAAGAAGACCUUUCAACUGGUAAAACUAUUCGUACGAUUUCGGGUAAUGCUAACUUUGAUUUUUCAGACGAGUUGUUUAACAUAAAAUAA